AGUGUCUCACCAGACAUCGGCGCGUACGCAUGUUCUAUUUUUAAACAUUUAAUAUGGCGGUUUUGAAGUUGUUUUCGUUUUUGUUUCUCGUGGCUGUCGCGAGCGGGCAGGGUUCUAAUCCUUUAGUGAGAGUGAGCCAAGGACUGGUGCGGGGUACUUGGAAGAUAUCAACAAACGGACGAAGUUACGCAAGUUUUCAAGGAAUACCAUACGCAAGACCGCCGGUCGGCAAAUAUAGAUUUAGGGAACCUCAACAACAUAAACCAUGGACUGGCACAUGGGACGCCACACGGCCGCUCAGCGACUGCUUGCAAUAUGAGCCAUUCAUCGGAAAAAUUGUCGGAAGCGAGAACUGCCUGUUCGUAAACGUACACACACCGAACCCAAAUGCCGGCUCGUCGAUGCCGGUCCUGGUGUUCAUUCAUGGAGGUGCCUUCAUGUACGGUUCAGGGUCUCUGUACGAAGCUAACCAUCUGAUGGAUAAGGACAUGGUUGUCGUCACCUUCAACUACAGGCUGGGACCUUUAGGCUUUCUCAGCACUGGUGACGAAGCGGCGCCAGGUAACGCUGGCCUGAAAGACCAGGCGUUUGCCCUACGCUGGGUGCAAAACAACAUCAUGAUGUUCGGCGGGAAUCCCGACAGCGUCACGCUGACCGGCUGCUCCGCUGGUGGUGCCAGUGUACAUUAUCAUUACCUAUCACCGCUUUCUAAAGGUUUAUUCUCUAAGGGUAUAGCAUUCAGCGGAUCCGCGUUCUCUUCAUGGACCCACGCCGUGAAACCGGUACAGAAAGCUAAGACUCUGUCAUCCAUCGUCGGUUGCCCGAUCACCACCACUAGGGAGAUGAUAGACUGCCUCAAGUACAGGCCCGCUGAAGUCAUUAUAAACGCUAUGGUUGAGAUGUUUGAUUGGAAGGUGCAUAUGUUCACUAUGUUCACGCCGACUGCAGAAGCGCCAGGGACCAGGGAGCCCUUCCUGACUCAAUACCCUUACCACGCAGCCAAGGCUGGAGCAAUGCAACGUGUACCACUCAUAGCCUCAGUUACAUCCGAAGAGGGAUUGUAUCCCGCCGCUAUAUAUAUGAGAGAAUCUUCAUACCUGGCCGAGCUGGACUCUCGCUGGGCGCAACUGGCUAGUAAUAUCUUUGAAUUCAAUGACACCCUACCCCUGGAUCAGCACAUUGCUGUAGCCGCCAAGAUCAAGCAACAGUACCUCGGAGGGAAGCCAGUUAGCAAGGAAACAUUUCCGCAACUUAUUCAGGCUUUAAGUGACCGUCUGUUCAACGUGGACGUUGGUAAACUGGCUGAGAUUCACGCACAGCGGUCGGGGCAGCCGGUCUACGUGUACCGGUUCGCACACAGGGGAUCCACAAGCCUCUCUCUACUUAUGGCAAACAACAAGGAAAACUACGGAGUCAGCCAUGCUGAUGAUGUCUUGCAAAUAUUUAAGUUUCCCGGCUUAGUUUUCGAUACUACUGAAGAUAAAAAGAUGGUGAAUCUUCUUAUCGACAUGGUGUACACCUACGCUACUACUGGAGUGCCAAAGUUCAGCAACGCUGCGUGGCUACAGGUGAGCCCAGGGUCACCGGAACUAAACUAUUUGGAGAUAUCCUCGCCAACAAAAGCCGAAAUGAAGUCCAGCAGCGAUUUCGGCCACAAAUCAUUCUGGGACAGCUUGGGUUUCAUCGAGAAAGAGAACUACCAGCCGUACAUUAAAGAUGAACUGUAAACCAUAGCCAUGGAUUGCCGAUAAUAAAGAUUAAAUAGGUCAAUAAAAAUGUGCUCAAUUAU